CUUUAUUCCCCCCAUUGGUUAAUUACAGGUUAAUGCUCCACCUAAUCUCUCCCUUAAUUCCCUCUUUGUUUCAUUAUAUUCUCCACGUUUCCUCUCUAUAUAUUAACCCCAACUCUCUCUUCUCAUCUCAUAAUUCCAAGUUUCGAACCUGUUCUCAACAUAACUCGGCGGUUCUCUCGCCCAUUUCCAUGGAAAAAUUCUGGAAUCUUACGCUACUUCUCUCCGUUUUGACCUCCAUUACGGUAUACUCAACAGCUGAGAGAUGCUCAAGCUACCAGUUCUCGAGCAACCGUGCGUUCGAGUCGUGUAAUGAGCUCCCUGUUCUGGAUUCAUUCCUCCACUACAACUACGACGCUUCGUCCGGAAUUAUGGAGUUGGCUUACAGGAGGACGAAGGUGACGACGGGGAGAUGGGUUGCAUGGGCAGUGAACCCGACGUCCACAGGCAUGGUGGGCUCUCAGGCCAUCGUGGCUUACCCUCUGCCCGACGGCACAGUCAGGGUCUACACCUCCCCCAUCAGAAGCUACCAGACCACCAUGCAGGAGGGUGAUCUCAGUUUCAACGUCUCUGGGCUGUCGGCCACUUACCAGGACAACGAGAUUGUCAUAUUCGCGAGUCUGCAGCUUCCCGGUGGAACGAUCAAUACGGUGUGGCAAGAUGGGACUGUGUCGGGGAACACUCCUCAGCCUCAUUCCACAUCUGGGGAUAAUGUCCGGUCCAUCUCCACCAUCAAUCUCAUCUCCGGCGUGUCUGGAGCCGUGGGAGGAGGGGGUUCGAAGCUCCGGAAGCGUAACAUACACGGGGUGCUGAACGGGGUGAGUUGGGGGAUAAUGAUGCCAAUGGGGGCCAUAAUCGCUCGGUACAUGAGAGUGUUCGAAGCAGCGGAGCCAGCGUGGUUCUACCUCCACGCUUUCUGCCAAGCAUCAGCAUACAUAAUAGGAGUAGCAGGCUGGGCCACCGGCCUUCAACUCGGAGCUGAAUCAGCCGGCAUCCGAUAUGACACCCAUCGAGCCAUCGGGAUCACACUCUUCUCUCUGGCAACUCUCCAGGCGUUUGCGUUGUUUCUGAGGCCGAGACCGGAGCACAAGCAGAGGAAGUACUGGAACAUAUACCACCACACGUUAGGGUAUGGGAUAAUAGUACUGGGAGUGGUGAACGUUUUCAAAGGGCUCGGCAUAUUGAGCCCGACAAGGCAGUGGAGGGACUCUUACAUCGGGAUAGUGGUGGCGCUUGCCAUCCUCGCCCUCCUCCUCGAAGCUUUCACUUGGUAUCUCGUCCUUAAGAGAAGGCGGCUCCAGCAGCAUUCCUCCAAAUCCUCUUCCCGCCCAGACGCCGGUCCUCGUCCCUUUCCUUAGCCAUUCUCCCUUUUUUUUUUUUUUCCUUUUUGCAAAAUAUGGACCGUAUGGUAUGGUGUUUAUGGAUUUCUCGCCUUUCUUGGGCUGAGUUUUUUUUUU